UUCUCUCCUCCUUUCACACACAUACCACCUUCAAUGGAAGUCGAUCCUCCCCAUGCACUUCAGCCUCAGCAGCCGUAUGCCAUUGUGCGCAUCAAGCGCAAACGCAACGAGGAGCCACUAGAUGCCUUGGUCGUCGAUGCCGCGCCCACCAGAAAGAAGUCAAAGGGAGGACUGAAUGUCUUCCAGUAUGCAGGGACCGUGGAGCAGGCCGAGUGGAACGACGAGAAGCAAAAGAAAGAGCUCGAGAAACAUCUCGCAGAGAUCGCGCGCGAGUCUGCGCAGAGGAAGCGAGAAGAAGCGACUGUAGUCCUCCCGUCCGCCGUCGCUCCCUCUGUGCCCGUCGUGCAACAACCGCCGCCUGCAAACGCGUCCUCACCAAUUACCUACCCUGUCCCCGCGCCUUCACUUAAACGCCCCCCGUACCAAGCUCCUAGUCGGACAUACACUAUUGUGCAGCAAGAACAGCCCGCACAGGAACCAUACCGUCGUCAAGGCAAUGCCCCGCCGAAAGUAUGGUCGUCCAAGGAGCUCGAUGCAGCGAAGCGCGCUGCACAGGUCAAGAUGUACGAUGCAGUCCCAUCUACGUCCACUGGCAAGCAAGCAGGUGCCCCUAGUGAGGUGGACGUAGAGAUCGACAAGUUCUUGCCAUUAUUGAAGGACUAUCUCAACGUAAGCGAACUGACGCCUCCAGCCCCCGGAAUGCCGGUCAAAGGGGAUGGCAUGGACGAGGACUACGUCUACGACGUGUUCUACCACCGUCCGACCACUGCAAAGGAGCUCUAUGACCCUGCUUCGAGCUCAAACAUCGCUAAGCUCACCGGUCUACCCCCAGAGCUCAGUGGGCUCUCUGGAGAAGAUAGCUCAGAUGAAGAGGACUCAGAUGAAGACGAUGAGGACUCAAAUGCGGAAGAUUGGUACACGAACGACUACCCUGAAGAGGAAGAGUCGGAUCGCGAGAACGAGGAGGAUCUGAGCGACGAGUUCCACGAACAUUCAGACUAUGAUGAGGCAGUGCAUGAGCGGAGCUCGACCGCGUAUAGGGACGUUAUGUCCGACGACUUCUGAAUGCCUCGCAACGACUAUCAACGACUACACAGGCAAUUUUGGCGGAUGGACGGUACUCACUUGAUGCACAAAUGAUUUAAUAUUGUUCGCUUCCAGAAGACCUCAUCCACAAACACUUCCGUGUAUCUUUAUCAGCGCAUCCUGCAUAUUGAGAAUCCAAUGCAUCGGCUGUUUUCC